AUGUCCGAACUACGAUUUGAUAACCAGACGGUCGUCGUCACCGGCGCUGGCGGUGGUCUGGGAAAAGCAUAUGCUCUCUUCUUCGCCUCAAGGGGCGCCAACGUCGUAGUAAACGACCUUGGUGUCUCUCACAAUGGUGAGGGCAAGUCAGGAAAGGUAUCUACCCCGACAUAUUCAAAACAAACCGACAGAAGACUGACAGUACUCAAGGCCGCAGAUGUUGUCGUCGAGGAGAUCCGCGCCGCCGGCGGUAAGGCCGUCGCCAACUACGACAGCGUCGAGAACGGUGAAGCUAUCAUCGACACUGCUAUUAAGGCUUUCGGCCGUAUCGAUAUUCUGCUCAACAACGCUGGUAUCCUGCGGGAUGUCAGCUUCAAGAACAUGAAGGAUGCCGACUGGGAUUUGAUCAACACAGUUCACACCUACGGGGCAUACAAGUGUGCUAGAGCCGCGUGGCCUCACUUCCGGAAACAAAAGUUUGGCCGUGUGAUCAACACCGCUUCGGCUGCUGGUCUCUUCGGUAGCUUCGGUCAAGCCAACUACUCGGCCGCCAAACUUGGCCAGGUCGGUUUCACCGAGACGCUGGCCAAGGAGGGUGCCAAAUACAACAUUAUUGCCAACGUUAUUGCUCCCAUCGCUGCCAGCCGCAUGACCGCGACUGUUAUGCCCCCUGAUGUUUUGGAGAACUUGAAGCCCGACUGGGUUGUUCCUCUGGUGGCUGCUCUUGUGCACUCCUCUAACACCACCGAGACCGGUGGUAUCUAUGAGGUUGGCGGUGGCCACGUCGCCAAGCUCCGCUGGGAGCGGGCUAAGGGUGGUCUCCUGAAGACCGAUGAGUCCCUGACCCCCGGUGCAAUUGCCCGCAAGUGGAAGGAUGUCAACGAUUUCUCUAAACCCGAAUACCCCACUGGCCCUGCCGACUUCAUGGCCUACUUAGAGGACGGCCUGAAGAUGCCCAGCGCGCCAGCUGGCGAGGAGCCCGACUUCAAGGGCCGUGUUGCCCUGGUCACCGGUGGUGGUGCCGGUCUUGGCCGCGCAUACUGCUUGCAGUUUGCCAAGCUCGGUGCCAAGGUUGUCGUCAACGAUCUUGUUGACCCCGAGCCCGUGGUUCAGGAGAUCAAGAAGCUCGGUGGUGAGGCCGUUGGCAACAAGGCCAACUGCGAGGACGGUGAUGCCGUUGUCAAGAGCGCCAUCGAUGCCUUCGGCCGCAUUGAUAUCCUUGUCAACAACGCUGGAAUUCUGCGUGACAAGGCUUUCACUAACAUGGAUGACAACCUGUGGAACUCUGUCAUCAAUGUCCACUUGCGUGGUACCUACAAGGUGACCAAGGCUGCCUGGCCCUACUUCCUCAAGCAGAAGUACGGCCGUGUUGUCAACACUGCCAGUACCAGUGGUAUCUACGGCAACUUCGGCCAGGCCAACUAUGCCGCCGCCAAGCUUGGCAUCUUGGGUCUCUCCCGCACUCUCGCUAUGGAGGGCGCCAAGUACAAUAUUAAGGUCAACACCAUUGCUCCCAACGCUGGUACCAACAUGACCCGCACCAUCAUGCCCGAGGAGAUGGUCCAGGCCUUCAAGCCUGACUAUGUUGCUCCUCUGGUUGUCUUGCUGUGCUCCGACAUGGCCCCCGAGCCCUCCACCAAGGGUUUGUUCGAGUGCGGUAGCGGUUGGUUCGGCCGCACCCGCUGGCAGCGCACCGGCGGCCACGGCUUCCCCGUGGACGUCAAGUUGACCCCCGAGGAAGUGGUCCGCAACUGGAACAAGAUCGUCAACUUCGAAGAUGGUCGCGCUGACCACCCCGAGGAUGGCCAGGCUGGUGUCGAGAAGAUCAUGGCUAACAUGUCUAACCGUGCGCACGGCGAGCCCGCUGGCGAGAACGAGACUCUGAAGAACAUCGAGAACGCCAAGACUAUGUCUACCGAGGGUACUCCCUUCGACUACGAGGAUCGCGAUGUGAUCCUCUACAAUCUCAGCGUGGGUGCCAAGCGCACCGACUUGCCCUUGGUCUACGAGAACAACGACCACUUCCAGGCCCUCCCAUCGUACGGUGUUGUUCCUUGGUUCAACACCGCUACUCCCUGGAACAUGGACGACCUGGUGAAGAACUUCUCCCCCAUGAUGCUGCUCCACGGCGAGCAAUACAUGGAGGUCCGCAAGUUCCCCAUCCCCACCACCGCCAAGACCUUGACCUACCCCAAGCUCAUCGAUGUUGUCGACAAGGGCAACGCGGCCAUCGUCAUCGCCGGUUACACCACCAAGGACGCCAAGACCGGCGAGGAUCUGUUUUACAACGAGUCCACCGUCUUCAUUCGUGGCAGUGGCGGUUUCGGAGGAUCCCCCAAGCCCACUGCCCCACGUGCCAAGGCCGCGACAGCCUCCUACAAGGCUCCCUCGCGCGCCCCCGACGCUGUGGUUGAGGAAAAGACCUCCGAGGACCAAGCUGCUCUGUACCGCCUGAAUGGCGACCGCAACCCCCUCCACAUUGACCCCGAGUUCAGCAAGGUUGGUGGCUUCAAGACCCCCAUUCUGCACGGUCUCUGCUCUCUCGGUGUCGCUGCCAAGGCCAUCUUCUCCCAGUACGGCGCCUACAAGAACCUCAAGGUCCGCUUCGCGGGUGUCGUUCUGCCCGGCCAGACUCUCAAGACUGAGAUGUGGAAGGAGGGCAACAAGGUUCUGUUCCAGGCCACCGUUGUUGAGACCGGUAAGCCUGCCAUCACUGGUGCUGGUGCUGAGCUCCUGGAGGGCGCUAAGGCCAAGCUGUAA